CAAUUUUGGUCCAUUAACUUCUGGUUCCACAUCUUCUGUUUUUACCAAGGAUGAUUUCAACACAGUCCUUGAAUCAUACCGUCAGGUCUCCUUAUGUUUGGACUAGCCUAGCUUCUUUGUCUGGUUCUUUUGCACUUGUUUAUAAUCAUUUAUUGGCAACUUAACCUAUUGCUCAUGGUUAAUUUCCAAGUAGGCAAAAAUUGUUGGUUAGCGUGUCGGCUUAUGAGCUUUCACGUGCUUUUGUACGUUUCAGCUUCCCACGGGGGUAAAUGUUAUGGGCCCAGUAGUCACAGCAGACCCUGUGUGUCUGAUUUCAGCAUGUGGCUGGCUAGCAGCCAGCAGCCCCCUGCUGUUCCAUUUCCCACAGAGAUGGCUGUCAGUAUCUUGGCAGGACCCUGAUUCAGCUGGCACCUUGCUCCAGCAGCCCUGCCUUGUCUGAAGGGCUGCCCGGUGUGGGAAGCAGUGGAGAGGUCCUGAAAGAGGAUGUCUGUUAACUGCCAUAACAAGGUGCUGUUCUUCCCCAAAGGAUGCACUGUGGAAAUGGCCCUGGAGGCAGCAUCCCUCCAUCCUGCCCAGCUCCUGGGAAUUGAGCACCGAAAGGGGACCCUGAACUAUGACACCGAUGCAGAUUUCCUGCUGCUGGACAACAGCUUACAGGUGCGAGCCACGUACAUCGCAGGUGAACGGGUCUGGAGUCAGGACACCUUCACUAUAUGAAACCAGAGACUCACCUGGGACUGGCAGCACUCCCCCCAACCCUGGUGCCAACUACCAGCUCCCCCAAGCGCCAUGCUCAGUGGUCGCUGGCAGCCACAUUGUCCUCUCCCUCUCAAAGAACGCUUUUGUAAGACCUUGGUGUUUCUUCCUCCUGGGUCACCCUUGAAAGUACCAAAGAACUGCAUGUUCCAGAGCAGCCCUUGCUUUCAGUUGCCAGCCCUGCCUGCAAUGAGUUUGUCAGCUGUCUGCUAGACAAGAGGUAAAAGAGUGGGUGGAGCUCUGCUGCUGGGAUCACUCUGCGAUGGAGCCACCUGAAGGACAAGGUGCCUGUCUGUCUCUGUUCUCUCUCUUGAGCACUGGAUUUGAGCCCUGCUGUAGAGGAAAGGGAAGCUACUCCAUGCACUGUUCUGUUUCGAUAUGUGCCCACAUUGGCCUAUGUGCAUAUCACAGCACACACACAACACUAACUUCACUUCCCAGAAUAGGCCUCUGGCUGUGCCCUUUGUCUCUCACCAUCGGGCCUAUUAAUGCCAGUGUGUUGACUUCCCAAUGUUCAUCUGCCCAUUUUCUAGAGAAAUCCCAGUGGCCUUGAAGCAGCUCUGCUGACAGCCUGCAAUCUGGCUGGGAGCCUGGGGAGGGGGCGAUGUCUCUACCUGGCACUGUCAGCCAAGGGCCGUGAGUUCAUGUCACACCCUUGAUCUCCUGUACCCCGAAGCAGAGUACUCACCACCUCGCUCAGGCCGUGGGCAGCCCUAGUGCCUUGUGUUGCUCCCUGGGAUGAGACCCUCACCACCAAUUUUCAUCCUGGGCUGAAUCCUCAGGGCUGUGUACAAACCCAUGAAAAGCAGGAGCUGCUGGUUCCUUGUGCUGUCUUGCUGUGUGGGCAGUGAUUUUGUCUGCUGGGUGCAUGGACUUCAUUCUGCAGCAGAAAGCAGUGUUGUUCUUGAACUGUAUACACAUGCAAAGUGGGUCUUACAGGCUCUAGUAUAUAUUCCCAUCUGUAUUAAACUAAUAUGAUUGGAAAGCUUCCCGAGGACGCUA